AUGUCAGUAGUAAUUCCCGCUACAAAUAGAUGUGCGCAUGAAUGUGAACAUGGGUGGAAUGAUUUAACAUGGGUGGAAUUUAUGAAGUUUAUUGAUAUUUUAACAAUUAUAACAUAUGUAAAAUGUGCUGAUAUUUGUGAUUAUUGGUCCAUUAAACAAGAAACAGCAGGGGUUUCAUUGGCAUUUGUCCUUACCUUUAUAUGGAUGAAUCAAUAUGUCAAUAGAUGGGCAAAGUUGAUAAAGGCCCGUUCCAACGAAAAAUUCCAAGGAAACCAAAUCCUAUUGGAUGAUCAAUACCCGGCAACUGUCACAUCUAUGUUAAGAUUAGUAGAACCAUGGUUUCGUAGUGGUAGAACAGUUAUCGUUGAUUCAUGGUUUGAUAGCACCAACGCAUACAUUUCUUUAUAUAAUUAUGGUCUUUAUUCUAUUCUACAAAUAAAGAAGCGUCGUUACUGGUCCAGAAAUAUUCCCCAUGAUAUUACCGGUGCUCGUGAAGAUACUUAUAGAUCAUCCAUUAGUCAAACUUGCAAAAUAAAUAAUGUUGAUUUAGCCGUAUGUUCAAUUCGUGACCAAAAAAAUAUUAUACUGCUUUCCAGUUACUCUACAACUACUCUUGGGACAGAAGUGAAUCGGUAUAUUAAGGAUUCUGGUGAUGUAAAAUUCUGUCAGCCUGUUGUAUUUGAUGAAUACAAUGAAUUCAGGUCAGCCGUAGACAUAUUAAAUAAUUUACGUAAUAAUGCUCUUUCAUAUCAUGAUGUUUUUGUCUCAAAAUGUUCUGUAGAUCGUAUUUUUACCUUUUACCUUUUGGUUGUAGAAGCAAAUAGCUUCUCUGCAUAUUGUCAGUUUGUACCAGGAAAGAAAGACAUGAAAUACGUUAAUUUUUAUAAGCAACUAGUAAGAUUGAUCUUUGAGUGUUAUUCUGACCAAACAAUCACCGAUCGAGCUAAAAAAAGACGAAAAAAAGAUACGGAUAAUUUUGAACAUCAUCUUAUCAACUUUAAUAGUGACCUCACAAUCUCAAAACUCAAAAGCAAAUAUGUUCAACACCGAUGCAAAGGUUGUAGUAAAC